AUGAUGAAGAGUCCAAAAAAGAAGGAAGUGCGUGCUAAUCCCGCUGUAUUGAUAUCUCCACUUCGAAAGCAUAGAAAGCCUCGUAUCAAAGAAAUGGAGGAAACCUCUGACGAUGAAGUGCAAUUAUGCCGAGUUCGCUCAGCUGAAGGAUCUCCAGAGAGACCGAGUACACAGCGCUCGCAGACUCCUCGCAUGUAUCAUCAAUCGCCACAAAGAUUAUCGUACUCUUCUAGAAUACCAUCGGAUGCCUCUACAGAACCACUUGUUCCCCAAACACCCAAUGAGGGUAAUAGUGUUUCAAACAAACGAAAAGCAGAAGAACCUCUGGAUACAGCAGCAGAAACAGCACGGCGAAAGAAAGCAAGUACACCAAUUGAUUCAGACGCACUCACCAAAGCCUUGCAUGUAUCGCAGGAUGCAGCUUCCACUUCAACACCACACACAAAGACAGAAGAUAAACUCACCAAGGACAAGGAGACGACCAAUGCCCAGCCAACACCCAAGAAGGAAAAACCAGCAGAGAAGCAGGAAGUCGCCGGUACAGCAGACAAACCACAAGAAGGUAAUAUGGGCCCCCCACAUCAACAGCAGCCUGGAAACAAGCGACCCAGUAAAGAAGAAGAAGAAGCUCGCAUUGCCCAAGAGAUCGAUCAUUUGAUGAAGACAGUAAAGUGCUUGCCCAACUACUACAAGUUGGUAGACAAGAUUGGCGAGGGCACUUUCAGUACUGUCUACAAAGCACAAGAUAUCCGUCGAGACUAUUACGACAACAACGAGUGGGAGCCUCAAUUAUUAGAGAGUGCGCAAAACACAUUUGUCUCACCGUCCUCAUCGCAGCGAAACGCAAUACCAGAGAUAGAAGCAGGCGCAGACACAGAGCAAGGAGGGGGCACAACGUCGUCAUCAACGCCAUCCUCGCCCAAAGACUUGAGCGAGUUUGUUGCUCUCAAACGAGUCUAUGAUACCAGCAGUCCUCGCAGAAUUGCAAACGAAAUUAAGAUCCUCAAAAAACUGAAAGGCAGCAAAUGUAUCUCACCUUUAAUUACAGCAUUCAGACAGCAAGAUCAAGUCUUUGUCGUGAUGCCCUAUAUUCAACAUGACGAGUUCAAGCCCUCCUUUCACAAAAUGGAGCUCAUCGAUAUCAAGUAUUACAUGAAGUCGCUGUUCACUGCGUUGCAGCAGUUGCAUCGAUUCAAGAUCUUGCAUCGCGAUGUGAAGCCUAGCAAUUUCUUGUACAAUAUUCGAAAGAGAGCGGGCUAUUUGAUUGAUUUUGGGUUAGCAGAGAGUGAAGACGAUGUCAUGAUGUUGGAAAAAUAUGUGGAAAAGGCUGUCAAAAUGUCAAAGUUUAACGUGUACCCUCAAGCACACAAUGACAACAAUGGCAGUAAUGGUGGCAACAUCAGUGCCAAUGCAAGUAAGCAAGGCCCAACCAAAAUGGCCAGCUCCAAUUCUGUAUUAGCUGCACUUACCAACAAGGCGAUAUCAGCACCCACAUCAGCCAAUGCAACAGCGGCAAAUACCAACAGCACUACACCGUCUACCACAACAUCUGCUAGCAGAAACACAAACAAAGGGGUCAAAGGGUUUUAUAGAAACGACCCAAGGCUGACAAUCAAGGCAAAUCGUGCUGGCACGCGUGGUUUCAGAGCUCCAGAAAUCCUGUUGAGAGUGACUCAUCAGACCUGUGCUAUUGACAUUUGGGCAGCGGGUGUAAUCCUACUCUGUUUUUUGACCAACACAUACCCCUUCUUUUUAUCCAACGAUGAAGCAGAUGCGCUUAUAGAAUUGAGCCAUGUGUAUGGAACCGAAAGGAUUCAGGAAUGUGCUAAACUCCAUAAUCGACAUUUUGAAACCAACAUUUAUCUCCCCAAAGCCAAGCUGCCGUGGCUACAUUUGAUUGAAAUUUUAAACAAGGAGAAAAUGCAGACGUGGCCACAAAAAGACCUUGAUGAUGCUGUCAUGUUAUUACGCAGAACAAUGGAGUUGGAUCCCAACAAACGUAUCACUGCUGAAGAAGCAUUGAAGAUGGAUUUUCUUCAGGUCGAAUAA